AAAGCUUUUAUGGUACUCUUAUUUCGCCAUACAAUUUAUCAAUUAUUUGUUUGGUCUGUUCACUUUUCAUUAUUAUACAUGCCUUAUUCUAUUUCUUUUUCCAGAAAAACCGGUACUCCCGGUAGCGGACACUCACGUCUCGAACCUCCAGCGCCACGUGGCACAAACCCACGUCGUCAGUUCACCAACUCCUACUCUCCAUCACGCCACCCCUCUCCUAUAUAUACCAAUCACCUUCCGCUCCUACCACUGUUAAUUUUCCCCAGAAAUCCCCAAAACAUUUUCCCACACACCAAACGGCAUCUCACUUUUCUGGUUUCAACCCAUUGUUUCCAUUACCAUUCCAAUCCUCGUAUGCUUCCCAGAAAAUCCUCAAAAAAUUCCUACAACUGUUAGAAUUCCUCAAAAAUUAUUCCAACGACAUGAUGAUGGCAGAGAAUCACCAUCACCGUAGACUCACCUUCGCAGCUUUCUUGAAAUCCGACCCCGCCAUUGACGACGAAGCUUACAACACCAACGACGAUAACGAUAGUUAUCAGCGACCGAGCAACGCUUCGACAACAACGACAAGCGACGAGACAGUUUUGUCUCCGUCCGUGCUCUCUCCAUGGAACCAUACUUUCUCUCCGUACACCGACAAGACUCCGUCCACGUCACCGUCGCCGUCUCCGUCGCCGUGGAACCAGACGUACUCUCCGUACUACAAGUCUCCGUGGAUCUACCAAACCGGGAAAAACCACGAUUUAGCCGAUGAUUCAGAAACCGGUUUGAUCGGAACGAUCAUGAGGCAAGAAGGGCAUGUGUACUCGUUAGCAGCGUCCGGAAACCUUCUAUUCACGGGCUCGGACUCGAAGAACAUUAGGGUUUGGAAAGAUCUCAAGGAUUUUUCGGGUUUCAAAUCGAACAGCGGUUUGGUUAAGACGAUUGUCUUAACCGGAGAUAACCGGAUUUUCACAGGUCAUCAAGACGGCAAAAUCCGGGUUUGGAGAGGCUCGAGGAGCAAUCCAGGGAGAUAUUCUCGUCUCGGAAGCUUGCCGACGUUGAAGGAAUUCCUGACGAAAUCCAUGAAUCCGAAGAAUUAUGUAGAAGUUCGUAGGAACAAGAACGUACUCAAGAUCAGACAUUUCGAUGCAGUGUCUUGUCUGAGCUUGAACGAAGAACUGGGUUUGCUUUACUCUGGCUCUUGGGACAAGACCCUCAAGGUCUGGAGAUUGUCUGAUUCCAAGUUCUUGGAAUCGAUCGAAGCCCAUGACGACGCCAUUAACACCGUUUCCUCUGGUUUCGACGAUUUGCUCUUCACCGGAUCUGCAGACGGGACGUUGAAGGUGUGGAAACGUGAGCUACAAGGAAGAGGAACAAAGCAUUUCUUGAUUAACGUGUUGAUGAAGCAAGAGAACGCGGUAGCGGCUUUAGCCGUCAACUUGACGGCGGCUGUUGUUUACUGCGGAGCCUCUGACGGUUCCGUUAACUUCUGGGAGAGGCAGAAACACCUCUCCCAUGGUGGAACCCUUCACGGCCACCGCACGGCGGUUCUCUGUCUCGCCGCCGCCGGGAAUCUCCUCCUUAGCGGCGGAGCAGACAAGAACAUAUGCGUCUGGCGUAGACAUCACGAUGGGACCCACACGUGCUCGUCAGUUCUAACGGACCACAUGGGCCCCAUCAAGUGUCUCGCCGCCGUGGAGGAAGAAGAUAACGGCGGAGGAACGGAGAAAGGGGACCAAAGGUGGACGGUUUACAGCGGGAGCUUGGAUAAGUCGGUGAAGGUUUGGCGCGUGACGGAGCACGGCCGGUCGUGAAGUUUCGAGCGCGUGAAAAGUUCCGUGUGAAAACUCACGCGCGUACACGGAAAGGGGAAUGUUCUGCGUCCCAUGUGAUUCCAGCCUUUGUGGUCAAGGCAAAGUUUGAUAUGGCCGGCAAAGAGGAAGAUAUAAUGACAUUUCUGUUGGCGAAUAGAAAGCUGCCACGUCAUGUGUUCUUUUAUUAUUUUUUGUUUUUCUGGAGAAAACCGGAAAAAAAAGAAGAUUCUAACUACGAAAGAAGAAAAAAAGGA